AUCCUGUUGUUCAGACACUGUUGACAGAGCAUUUCACCCAGAUCAGAAUGAAACUACUUGAAAUGGAUUAAUUGUCUAUAUGUAUGUCUGACAUUUGAAUAGGAGGGGAAAAACCUGACAUUCCUGAAAAUGGCAGCUGAGACAUCCACAGAAGUUGCAAAAACAGCUAAACAGUUCGUCCUUAAGGAAGAGGUAAUUGUAGAAAGACAAUGGUUGAAGCUUGCAGAAACAACUUACACUGAUCCCUUUGGGAAAACCAGAACUUGGGAAACUGUAAAACGUACUGGCAACAAAAAGGGAGUUACAGCUGAUGGUGUAGCAGUGAUAGCAGUGCUGCAGAGAACCCUGCACUACGACUGCAUUGUCCUGGUGAAACAGUUCAGGCCCCCAAUCAAUGGCUACUGCUUGGAAUUUCCUGCAGGCCUCAUUGAGGAAAACGAGUCAGCAGAAAGUGCUGCGCUUCGAGAGCUGAAGGAAGAAACUGGGUACAAGGGGGAAGUCAUUGAAUGUACUCCAGCUCUGUGCUUGGACCCAGGAAUGUCAAACAGCACAACACACAUUGUGAGCGUCAUCAUUAAUGGAGAUGAGGCUGAGAACACAAGACCUAAGCAAAACCUUGGUGAGUUUUAAUUUGUGGAAGUUGUUUCACUUCCAAAGAAUGACCUACUGCAAAGGAUUGAUGAACUAGUAGCAGAGGAACAUCUGGCAGUAGAUGCCAGAGUUUAUACUUAUGCAUUGGCUCUAAAGCGCGCAGCAGAAAAACCGCUCCAAGUUCCUUUUAUGAAGUUCUAGAACUGGACAAUGAGAAAUUUAAUUCAAAAACUGCCCAAGUUGGAUGGCUUAGAAGUACAACUCUUCUUGUAAUCAAGGUCCUUUGCUUUACUUGUAGAGCAAAAAAAAGUGUUUGUAGUAAUGAUUCUGGUAUUUUUAUUUUGAAUUAUGUAACUGACAAAAAUUAUUUCCUCUAACUGCUCUGUCAAGCCUUGACAGAGUAUUCAUAAUAAAAAUACUGUUUAAUUUUCAGAA